UAAUUUUCAAAAUACUAAGAUCACUCAUCAACAAUGAAGAAAAUCUCCGUCCUCCUCAACUUUUGCUUCUAUAAAUUGUGGCUCCUUACAUGAGUUGCUUCCAUAUAUAAUCUCAUUUUCCAACUUUUUCUUCAAAUUUCUUUAGUGGGUGUGUGUUCUUGAUCAUGGGUGAGGCUGUUGAGAUCAUCUACACUACUAAUGGUUUCUCUAAACUUUGCACUCAGAAUCAUGAUCAAUCUUCUUGGUAUGAAGAAACCAUUGAUGAUGAUCUCAGAUGGUCUUUUGCUUUGAACAGAGUGCUACACAAGGGAACUAGCCAGUUUCAAGACAUUGCUCUAUUGGACACUAAGCGCUUUGGCAAGGUGUUGGUGAUUGAUGGGAAGAUGCAGAGUGCAGAAGUGGACGAAUUCAUUUAUCAUGAAUGCUUAAUCCAUCCUGCUCUCCUCUGCCACCCUAUCCCUCGAAAUGUGUUCAUAAUGGGAGGAGGGGAAGGGUCAGCUGCAAGAGAAGCCCUCAAGCACAAGUUAGUAGAGAAAGUGGUGAUGUGUGAUAUUGAUCAGGAAGUGGUGAAUUUCUGCCGCACAUAUCUGACGGCAAAUCAAGAUGCAUUUCGUAACAAGAAGCUUGAUCUAGUCAUUAAUGAUGCCAAGGCCGAAUUGGAGAAGAGGAUAGACAAAUUUGAUAUAAUAGUUGGAGACUUGGCUGACCCAGUUGAAGGAGGCCCUUGUUACCAGCUCUAUACUAAAUCUUUCUAUGAGAAAAUUCUCAAGCCUAAGCUCAACAACAAUGGCAUUUUUGUUACCCAGGCUGGACCAGCAGGCAUUUUCACUCAUAAGGAGGUCUUCUCCUCUAUUUACAACACAGUUAAACAGGUCUUCCAAUAUGUUGUAGCAUACAGUGCUCAUGUGCCUUCUUUUGCUGAUACGUGGGGAUGGGUAAUGGCCUCAGACCAGCCCUUCUCUAUAGAUGCUGUGGAAAUAGACAGGAGGAUUGAAGAAAGAAUCGAGGGUGAAUUGCUUUAUCUAAAUGGUGCUGCAUUUCUCUCCUCUGCAACCUUGAACAAGACUGUUUCUCUAUCGCUGUUGAAUGAGACGCAUGUCUACACUGAGGAUGAUGCAAGAUUUAUACCGGGGCAUGGACUUGCUUGCAGAAAUUGAGGCUUCAAACACAAUGGUGGGGGGGAAAUGCUGUAUAAAGACUAUAUGUAUUUACAUAUUUCAAAAUGGAAAUCAAACGAUUGUUAAAGUGUAUGCUUUUAGAUUAUACAUGGGGUAGGUUCAUUGGGUUGUUCAUAAGAUUGAAUAUCUCAAAACCAUGUGAAAGAUUUGUCUGAAAUUUAAUCAUUUACGAGGCAUUCCUCCAUUCA